AUGGGAUGCGGAAAUUCUUAAGUUAGAGAUAUCGAAAGGAAAUAAAUAAGUGAUGAAAAAACAGCUUAAACUUAAGCGAAUUCUCAAAAAGGAAAUAAAAAAAAUUCGCCUAUCCCUAAAGAGGAAUAAUAAAUUUUAAUUUAGAAAGAAAUGUAUAUCAAAGAAAUAAACUCGAAAGACAUUAGGGAAGACUACUUUUUUGAAAGACAUUUAGCAUAGGGAGAAUUUGGUGACAUAAGAAUUGUGAAGCAUAAAAAAACUGGACAGUCAAGGGCAUUAAAGAUAGUUGCUAAAAAUAAGUUAGGGGUGAAAGAAAAAUAAGUUUUAAAUGAAAUAAAAAUUUUAAGCAAAUUAGAUCAUCCUAACAUUAUCAAGCUGUAUGAAUAUUACUAAGAUAGAUAUGCUUAUUAUUUAAUAUUUGAACUUUUGCUUGGAGGUUAGCUCAUAGAAUAUAUAUAGGAAACAAGCUAUUUGCCAGAAACUCAAUCAGCAUCAAUAGUCUAACAAUUGCUAUCUGCGAUAAACUAUUGUCAUUAGUAGAAGAUAACUCACUUAAAUAUCACUCCUUAAAACAUUCUAUUAAACAUAGAUGAAGAGACCAACUAAGUAUCAAUUAAAAUAAUAAAUUGGUUUUUUUCUAGGAGCUUUGAGGAAAAUGAUACAUUUUCUGAACAAAUAAAUAAUAUAACUUACAAAAGUCCUGAAGAAAUAAAUAAAAGUUAUAACUAUUUAGCAGAUGUUUGGAGCAUUGGUGUGAUUUGGUUUUUAAUCUUGAUGGGUGUGCCUCCAUUUUAUGGGAUUAAUAGAAAAAAGACUAUAGAAGCUAUUUAAAACAUUUAAAUGAGAUAUAGUUGUGGAUUUUCAAUUAAACAUGACAGCUAAAUUUAAGAAAUUUUUAAAAAAAUAUUUGUUUCAUAAGAUUAAAGAAUGAAAUGUUAGGAUAUACUAGAUCAUUAGUAUUUUAAAGAUAUUUUUUAGGAAUUUGAUCAAAAUGAUGAAAAAUAUAUUUAAAAUUUAUAAAAAUAAAAAGAAUUAAGGUAAAAAGACUUGAUUCAAAUGAUGAGUUACCAUUCUCAUUCUAAAUUCUACCAAGCAGUUGUCAAUUUUAUUGGCUUUUAUCUAGUUGGGGAUGAUGAAAUGUAAAAGCUUACUGAAGAUUUCUAAAGAAUUGAUGUUAAUAAAGAUGGCUAACUUAGUAGAGAAGAAAUAAGAAGUGGUUUUGAAGGCUUUUUUAUUGAGUAGAUAACUGAUAUAGAUUAAUUUUUAGAUGAAUUAUUCUAAAAAAUUGACUGUAAUAAGAACGGAUAUAUCAAUUAUAAUGAAUUUAUAUCUGUUGCUAUGGAUAAAAUUAAUUUAUAACAAGAUACUAAGUUGAAAUAAGCAUUUUCUUAUUUUGAUUAAGAUUAAAACGGGUUUAUUACGAAAGAGGAGCUUUUCUAAAGUCUACAAUCUCAGUUCAACGAUGAUAAGAACAUUGAAAAAAUGUGGUAAACAAUUUUAGAAAAAGGUGAUAAAAACAAAGAUGGUAAACUUUCUUACUAAGAAUUUAUAGACAUGUUAAAAUAGUUAUCUUGA